GUGUGUCAGCUGUUGAGGUCAGAUUGUGUGAGGAGGCGGGAUGAGGCUCAGUGUGUGUGAUCGCAGCCUGAUUAACACACACGCUCCUCAGCCUUGAACAAACACACUCCGUGACUUCUCGGCUCUUCAUCAUGGACUUGGACCCCGCCGUCAUCAUCCCCGCCAUCCUCUUCACCGUCGUUGCCAUUUAUUUCGCUACGUCGCUCCUCAGCAGGAAGCCCGAUGUCUCCUCCUCGUCUGCCGGGAGCAAGAGGUCCAAACUCGGGCACGGAGACGACCUUCUUCCACAAGGAGCUCUGGAAGAAGAAGGAGCAAGAAUUCUUAUGUCAGAUGAAACCAAAUCACCUGCAGUCUGCAACAUCCACGUGGCCCAGCUGGCUGUCCCAGAACCACAACGUGUCCCAGAACUGCAACGUGUCCCAGAACUGCAACGUGUCCCAGAACCACAACACGUCCCAGAACCAGCGAAGAUAUCAGAAGCUGAGCCGAAAGCAGCAGAAGAUCCAGAGGUCACAGAAGCAGUCAAGGCACCAGAACCUGUGGCAGAACCAAUAAAAGUGCCAGAGACAAGAGCAGAGCAACCACCAGCACCAGAAGCAGUCCCUGAACCAACCAAAGAACCAAAGUCUGUUCCAGAAUCAGUCACAGUAUCAGAACUUGUCUCUGAAGCUGUAUCAGGCCCAGAACCUGUUCUCGAACCAGAUGAAGCACAAGAAGCAGCAGCAGUGUCUGAACCCAUACCAGGCUUGGUACCGGGCCCAGAACAAGCUGCAGAACCUACCCCAGAGUCCAAACCUGUAGCAGAGCCCUUAUCAGAACCAGACAUGUCCCCUGAACUCGUAUCUGAACCCAAAACUGUCCCAGAACCUGUGACUGUCCCAGAACCUGUUACUGUCCCAGAACCUGUGACUGAUCCAGAACCUGUGCUCGUGUCUGAAGUGGCAGCCCAGAAACUCGCGACUGAACCUGAAGAACUGCUUGAGCAGAUGCCCGGACCCAAUGAAGGUCUGACAGAACCAUCGCACAAGCAGGAACCAGAACCAGAGACCAUCCUGGAUGAUGAUGUGGCUGCAGCUGCUGAUGUGCUGAGCUUCACCCCGGGAGCGAAACAGAGUAAGAUGGCAGCGCUGAUGACCCAGGAGGACAUGGAGGAGGAGCAGAGGAUAGAGCUCACGUCUGAUUUUACCUCUCUGUAAUCAGCCUCAGCAGACUCAGUGUGCUGGGAAGGAGAUGCUGAUCUGUGAGGAUGAGGAAGUCCUGCCUGCUUUCUUCUCUUGUUGAGUUUUGAGGUUUGAGCUGCUUGUGAAAUGUCUUCACACCAAAGUGCCUUCAGGAGUUUCUUUACCGUCUGCUUUCCGUGUCCAGCUUUUCUGAAGCAAACAAAUUACUUAUGUGAGUGAAUGUUAGUGAAGUUAACCUCAGUGUAACCUGGUUCUCACUGCUGGUUUCAACUGAAAAAAGAAAAUUAGACGACAAGCUGCAAUAAAACGUUCGUGCUUCAGUGUUCAGUUGUGAUUUUAAAAGUUAACCAUGAAAUAAAAGCGUGAAACAUGUUGUUGAUUCUUUCUGAUCUUUGUUUUGUAAAUUCUGGAUUAUUAAAAAUACUUUUGCCCUUUC